UUGUAUUUAUGGUAGUUUACAUGUAUAAGUUCCCUUCCAUAAUUAGGAAUCUUCUGUAACUAUUUAUACGAGGCUUCGCCCUCCUUUAUUUCUUAAUAGAAAAUAACAAUUCUUCAUGGUAUCAGAGCCUCUCGUUGCUCUCCGUCUCUCGUCCGACCUAGCGCAGGCUCAACCCUAGCCGCGCCGUCGCCGUCUCUCUCUCUAGGCCGAGAAGCCGCCGCAGCCGUCUCUCCCUCCUCCAUCGGCAGUGCCUAGCCACUGUCUCUUUCCGGCGAUCUUCCUCCCCACGGAGAGCAACCACCCUUUGGUCACCAUGUCCGAGAAGCCUUCCGUCACUGCCUCAACGUCAUCUUCUCCAACUCCGCACUUGGCGUUCAUGACGAUCUCGAACGUGAAGCUCUAUGUGUCGAUUCUCCUAAGCUUCACCGAGCCCAACUACAAAAAGUGGAGCCGGCUCUUCCUUCUUCUUAUUCGAAGGUUCUCUUUGGGUGAUUUCCUCACCGGCAUGGCGUCUCCUUCCAGCGCCGACGACUCGGAAUGGUUCCAACUUGACGCCCUCAUACAAGGUUGGAUCCUCUCCACGGUAAAUGAUGAAAUUUGCGAUCUUGUUCUGUCUACAACCAACUCCGCUUCCGAGCUUUGGAAAGCCACCUAUAACAUCUUCCACGACAACAAGCCGGCCCGGGCGAUGCAACUUGAACACCAAUUCCGCACCACCACGAAGGGUUCUCUCUCUAUUGCCGCUUAUUGUCAAACCCUACGGAAUCUUGCGGAUUGGUUGGAUGAUGUAGAUGCCACUGUUUCCGAACAACAACAUGUUCUCCAAGUCUUGCGUGGCCUCCCGGAUGAUCUUCGAGGACAAACGUCGUUCCUUCAAUACCAAAUGCCGCCCCCGACCUUAUUCCAAACCCGGUCGGCCCUCCUCUUAAUUGAACAACAACGGGCUGAACUGGGCGUCGAAAGCAACACGGGGGAUGGCGGCACGGCGUUAUACGCCGGCAUUGGAGGCUCACGGCGACAGGGCAGCGCUGGUGGCGGGCAGUCAGAAUCCAGCGGCGAGGGAGGCUUCAAGCAGCAGCAGCAGUAUUCCCAGCACCGUGGCGGUUCAUCUCGGGGUCGUGGUCGCGGCCGUAGCUCCGGAUCAAAUGCACGAAACACCCUAGGGCAGCCCUCCGGACAGUUCACCUACCCAAACCCUAACCCGGGCCUUCUAGGCCCACGGUCAAACCCCUACCCGCACCCCCAACACCCACAAGCCUAUUUUUCUACCCCUCACCCACCCCACAGCCUUACCCCCCCUACCCCAGCCCCUACCCGACAGCCCCCUCUCCUUCCUACNCCCUCACCCAUAAGCCAUCUCACCGGUGUCCCCACCCCCACUGCCCUAGCCCACAAUUUCGACACCCUCAGCCUCCGUGAUCCAAAUUGGUAUAUGGACACCGACGUCACUCACCACAUUGCCUCGGACCCAGGCCAGUUGACACCAAAGCAAAGCUGUCAGCCACUUCCGGACCCCUCCAUAUACAGAUCCAUCGUCGGCGCCUUACAAUAUCUUACUUUCACUCGGCCUAACCUUACAUAUGCAGUCCAGCAGCUCUGCCUACAUCUUCAUGCCCCCCGCAGCACCCAUCUCACAGCUAUGAAGAGGGUCCUACGCUACAUUCAUGGCACUGCUACUCAUAGCAUCACACUUCACCGUACGGGCACAGAUUCCUUGCAGGCCUACUCCGAUGCUGAUUGGGCUGGAUGCCCCGACACUCGUCGCUCCACCUCGGGGUAUUGUGUCUUCCUUGGAGACAACCUCAUCUCAUGGUCCUCCAAGCGCCAGGUCACCACCUCCCGCUCCAGUGAUGAGGCCGAGUAUCGUGCCGUGGCAAACACCGUAGCUGAGGCUAGCUGGGUCCGAAAUCUUCUCCUUGAGCUUAUACAACCUCUACGGCGUGCCACUUUGGUCUUUUGCGAUAACGUUCUCUUCCGUAAUUAGGAAUCUUCUGUAACUAUUUAUACGAGGCUUCGCCAUCCGUUAUUUCUUAAUAGAAAAUAACAAUUCUUCAGUCAUUACCACAUUGCUGUCACGAUCACCACCACCCUAGUCAAUGACGGUGGUGGAAGAAUUUGGUGGACACCCCUAAUAUAAUCAUUUAUAUUUGAUAAUUCUAAGGGAACAAUUAUUAAUAUAUGUUUCAUAUUGCU